GGUGAUCAGGGAGCAUCUCGCGGAUCGGAUCUUUUUACAUGAAAACAAUGGUUCCGAUCGUCACGCCGUGAAGACUAGGUCGCAUUGGCUCGCAUAAAACGCAAAUUUCUUCCGAUUUCAAGACAACUCAGUUCUCUAGGGUUUGGAUUUCUUAGUCCUUAAUUUUCCCUCUGAAAAAUGAAGUUAUCUGCAGAGAUUCCGUUUUGUUGUUUCAAUUGGACAAUUUGAUCGGAUAUUUUUAUAGUGUUGGAAAACAGCGGAAGACUCGACACCAGAAAUGGCAGCUUCUCCGGUGAACUUUCUCUUUGGAUUCCUCAUGGUUUCCAUCACAUUGUGGAUGGUCUUCCUGUAAGUUUGCGUGCUUAGUACUUGUCUGUUUGGAUCCAAUUUCGGUUUCGAUCGGGUUUCGAAUAUGCAUAUCUGUUCAGUAAUGCAGUUGGUUGGUGGUUUAUUGAUCAAACGGUGCUUUUGUUAUUUCUUAUUUGGGAAUGAGGUGGGUUUGAUUUCCAGGGGGAGAGAUGAGGGAGCUGUCUGAGAUAGCAUUUUAGUGGUGGAUUAUGCUUAUAAGUUUCUAGUGGCAGUUAUCAAUUCAGUGGGAGCAAACUAAGACAUUUCUACCAUUAUUUCGAAUGACGGUCAAGCAUAACCAAUAUAAGUUGGUUUUGUUAACUGUAAAUUUAGAAGAAAUUUCAAUGCCCACAUCAUUGUAGUUGCUGACCAUGACACCCAAUUAGCUUAUGGCAUGUACAAGCUAUGUCAUAUAAUGACCCAUGUGAACUCUGAAGGAUGUAAAUUCAUCAUAAGAUCUGUAAUGAUGUAGGAUCUGAUAAUUCUUUCUUCACUUGAAGAGAAGAAAAAAGACUAUGAAUUGAAUGUUGUUAGUAUCAUUUGAUUUCUCUAUGGUGUACGUCAGGACAUGUGUGUAUAUGUGUAUGCUAUUGAACUCUGUAUCAAUAUUAUCAAUAUUGUUGCCAA